UUUGUGCUAUUGGAUUUAAGGGCAGUAGUACCUCAAUUGUAACAAGACGCUUUUACUCCGGUGACGUCAUGUCUAGAAAGUUAGCCCACGCGGAAGAGAAUGUUGGCGGGCUGAGCUCGUGCUGUUUCUCUCCCCUUACGUCCUCAGUCAGGAUUUAAAUAGGGACGCUCUGAGAAGGGGGAGCGUCAGUUCAUCUUUGGAAGAAUUCUGAAUAUAUCAAAAUGAGUGGACGUGGAAAGGGAGGUAAAGGACUCGGCAAAGGGGGCGCUAAGCGUCACCGUAAAGUCCUCCGUGAUAACAUCCAGGGCAUCACCAAGCCCGCUAUCCGCCGUCUGGCUCGCCGUGGCGGAGUGAAGCGUAUCUCCGGUCUGAUCUACGAGGAGACCCGCGGUGUGCUCAAGGUGUUCCUGGAGAACGUGAUCCGUGAUGCCGUCACUUACACCGAGCAUGCUAAGAGAAAGACCGUCACCGCCAUGGAUGUGGUCUACGCUCUGAAGAGACAGGGCCGCACUCUGUACGGCUUCGGCGGUUAAACUCACACCUCAAACAACAACAACCCAACGGCUCUUUUAAGAGCCACCCACUUCCACUAAAGAGAAUUCAUCCUUACUACUUUAGUGACAGCAAGAUGGACCGAACAUUCAGUAUAUUUAUUCAAUUUA